UUGGCCUUUUCGCCCUUCUAUGGACUUUGGAUUUGGCAGUCUCCAACAAUUUAUUAAUGGGUCAACUAAUUUAAAUUUCCGGAAACUGAUAAAAUUCAUCAGUAUGAACUAAUUAUCACAAUGACUAAUCGGUAAAAAUUAGAAAUACUUUCAAAAUAUGUGGUUUUUUGUGGCCCAAAUUUGUAUCAAUAGGAAAAGUUUCAACUUUAACACGCUGUGGCAACUUGAUAUGUAGCUGUUAGAAACCUAUAGUGAAAAUUUUAAACCACAAACCCAUAAUGGAGGCCCCAAUGGGAGCUGCAAUCGAGAAUCUCUAUCCAGCAUUACUGCAAUGUUUCGCUAUUAUAUUAAGCGGCUAUGCAGCUGGACGCAUGAAUCUUAUAUCAGAAACCGAAGCCAAAGGUAUGAAUACCUUCGUAGGGACAUUUUCCCUACCAGCUCUUAUAUUCAUGUCUCUGGCUGAAUUAGAUUUAAGUUCAGUAAAUUGGAUGUUUUUGUUGUCAAUCUUGGUAGCGAAAAGUUUAGUAUUUUUUACUGUGAUAAUUGUUACUUUGUUGGUUGGGAGGCCAGUGAAUCUCGGAAGAGCUGGGAUUUUUGCGAUAUUUUGUACACAGAGUAAUGACUUUGCCAUUGGAUAUCCCAUAGUGGCCGCUUUGUACAAAAAUACCCAUCCCGAGUACGCAUCCUACUUAUAUCUUGUGGCACCUAUAAAUCUAGCUGUUCUAAACCCUGUAGCUUUUAUAUUAAUGGAAAUUCAUAAGAAACGUAACCUAGCAGUUGAAGACGAAGAAACUUUACUUAAUCAAGAAGUAUUAUCUGUGAGCAGCUCAAUUAUUGUGCACAAGAAACGUUGCAAAAUGGUGAUAAUGAUUAUGAAAAAUAUAUUUUUCAAUCCUAUUAUUUUUAUGACUAUAUUGGGCAUUGUGGGGAAUUUUAUUUUCAAGCAUCAGGUGCCAGAGUAUUUGGGCGGGAUCCUGAAAGUUUUAGGAUCAGCCUUCUCAGCUAGUUCAUUAUUCUUGCUCGGACUUAGAAUGGUAGGGAAAAUUCACAAAUUGACUGGAGCAACUCUAGUUGUCCCUGGCGUUUUAAUUAUGGUCAAAUUAAUUGGCUUGCCGUUAAUUACAAGAGAAGUAGUGAAUCUUUUAGAUUCACAAGAAAAUAAAACCGAAACUUUGGACUUGAGCACUUAUGGAUUUUUCUAUGGUACUUUUCCAACUGCUCCUGGGGCGUUUGUGUUUGCAACACAAUAUUUAAUCGAUGUAGAUUUGAUUGCCAGUGCCAUGGUAGCUUGCACAUUCCUAAGCGCACCAUUGAUGUUUAUUUCAGCCAAAAUGAUUACAAUUACAAAUUGUAACCCAACAGAUUAUAUUAAACUGCUUAACCAAUUUACUUUGGAUGUGAGCAUUGUAGGUGUAAUUGCUUGCCUCUGGAUUGUAUUUGUUUUUAUAUUAACAAAGAAAAUUAACAAAAUCCCGCACAAAACUACCACUUGCUUAGUUGCCUCUCAUUUUAUAAGUUGUCUGGGUGCAAUUCUGUGGAACACAAUCAAGCAAGACGCACAAGACCGUAGCUAUAUACAAUUUGCAUUCUUUACUAUCGGCGUUUACAGUUCCAGAAUAUGGACAGCUAUAUUGUCUAUAAAUUUACUGUUUUUACAAUGUAGAAGUUUGUGUUUUGUGUUGAAGUUGCAGCCGUAUUUUUUCGUUGCAGGAUGGGGGAUACCAGCUAUAAUUUGUACAGCUUUACUAAUUUUUGAUCCAUCAAUAAAAAUACCAUUCGAAAAGAGAAAUCCAAACUUUGCUUAUGGAGCCUCCCAAGCAGUGGUAGCUGUAUCUUUAUUGGUUUUGUGUUUUGUUGUAACAUCUGGUUGUUUAAUUUUACACCAACGAUAUCGACGCCGCUAUAGUCGAUAUUUAGACUUAUCGAAUGAGAUAGCUACAGAUUUUGAUCCCGAUAUCAACCGUGGUGAUAAUUCACAAUCAAGCAGCGCAACAUGCUGCACAAGCAGUGACAAUGGCGCUAGAAGCAUAAAAUGCAAUGGCCUACCAACCAUAAAAGAGAGCUGCGGUGAAGACAAAGAAAUAACCACUCCGGUGGUUGAUAUUGAAGACUUGGUAUCUUCUGGAAGCAGCAUUAACGGUGCAGUACGAAGAAUUGUAGCAAAACCAAACCAUGAAGAAAGCCCCAACCACCAAGUAACAUCAACAACCUCUAACGUUGGGUGUACUACCAAAUUUGGCUGUAAAGGUCCUCAAAAAGAAGCAUGCCGUGCUGUGGUUGGCCAGUAUCAGCAAUCUAUAGAUGAGGACUUGGAACCUAUUGAGGAAGAUCCUGACUCUCAUGAUCCUCAGAUUUUACGUCAUAUUGUGCUUUUGAUUUUGUUGUUGUGCAGCAUGUUUGUGGGUCUUUCACUAUCCAUUUGGACACUAGUCAUGGAGCAACUUUCUGGCAUCUACGUAGAACUAUCAUUCCUAGAUGCCAUGUUAAAUUUCGGUCAAAGUCUCAUAGUUUUUAUAAUAUUUGGAUUGGACGUGAAGGAAGUGGUAUUGCCCAUAAUCAAAUUCUGGCGUAAGACAUGGUUUGGAGCCAACACAUUGACUUUGCCCGCCUGGGACGAACUCAGUGCUGAGACUAAGCAUAUUUGCGACCAGUUUAGCACUCAUCAUUUAAGGAAUUGUAAGAUUGCCAUUGCUACAUGUAAAAGAUGGCGCUUCAAAACGUACCGACACGUUUUUACUGGUACCCAAUUCAUCGAUUGGCUCAUUGAAGUAGGUUUGGCCAGAGACAGGAUCGAGGCUGUUAAUUACGGCCGGCAUCUCAUUGAAGGCAAAGUCCUCAGACACAUUAACAGUGUAUACCACUUUUACGAUAGGAAUUUACUGUAUACAUUCGUGUGAUGGUAAUUUUAAGUAGUUUUAGGGAUUUUUUGUGUUACGUUUAAAAACGUAUUUUAUCUUUGGUGCUAUUUUUACACAUUUUAUUUUUCAACUAUAAAGUUAUAGUUUUUCAUAAAGCUGUGAAUGUAGGCAUUAUUGUUUCGCAGUGAUUUUUUUAGUUCCUUUUUAUAGUAUUUUAUUGAAAUUAUGAGAUUUGAAUUUAUUAUAUUAAUAGAGAAUAGGUUACCAAAAAAUAUCAUAGUUCUAAGAUCUGUUGGUAUACAUGUUUUUUUUUUAUUAAUUUAAUUUGUAUUUGGAGCUAUUUCAAAGUCAGUUACCGAGAAAUUUUAUAUUUUAAAAACAGAUGAUGACUUAAAUACGUAAACCAAAAGCAAUGCAAAUUAAUCUAUCAGGGAUUUCAAAUGGGGGUUUUUGUAAUUUCGAGUUAUACACCAUCUUUUUGAUCUUUUCGUAAAAACCCAUUGUAUAUUCUUUCAGUAGCAAGUAAUGAUUAUUUUAAUCAAUCACAACAAUUUUCUUAUUCUUGGCAACUCUUAUGAUUGGAAUCGACCCAAAACUCAUUUGCUUCCCUUACAUAUUUUUUGCAUCGUUAUCUGGUGAUUACCAUUUACCAAAGCGUUUUGGUUAUCUUUGAAUUAUGUGAAAAAUUAGUGAUUUAAAAGCAGAACUUUGGAAAUUAACCACUAUGCUUUUUUUGUGAAUGUGGUUUUUCAUAAAUUUCAUACCCAUCAGAAUCGAUCUGAUAAGGAACGAUAGGAAGUUUAAAAAGCAUAUGUGUCCCUUUACUGAUUUUUCAAAAAAAGUCAAUAUAAAUUGUUGGUUUGCAUUAGGAUAUAUUUCACUGCAUACCAAAAGCAACGAAAAUUAACAAAAUACAAUAAAUAUAACUUUUUCGGUGUGCUAUAUAGCCUAUCAGCCAUGCUAUAUACACUUAGAUUUAGAUUAUGGUAAUGUUUUUCAUUUAAAGUAAUCCCACAUAUUGAGUAAAAUUAGGAUUAAUGAUAAAAGAAGUUCUAUAUACCAAUAUUAUUUUAUACAUAGGUGAAAGCUUCGAAUAGUAAAUAAGAGUUAAACUAGAAUUGUUGACGGUUUUAUGAAAGUUUAUUGUGAGAUUUGGAAGUCUGAUGUAGACAAUAGGCAUUAUAUUUGUCGUGAGUAAAAAUAAUUAAACGCUGA